AUGGCGAUGAAUUUGCCUCUUAGAUGGAAUGAUGGGGGAAAGCAACGACGCGCAGCUCAGAUUCCCAUGGAAAGUUGGAAGUUGCACAGAUCUACGAUUGAGGAGUUGUACAAGAAUGAGACUUUGGCCGAUUUGGUGGAGACCAUGAAGACCAAUCAUAGUUUUGAUGCAACAGAACGGCAGUACACACAUAGGCUGAGACAAUGGGGAAUAUACAAAAGGGAGAAACAGAAAGAACAAGACAUCGACUUUGUUCUAGAAUCAGCAUCUGGUCUUGGUCAGGAGAAAUGCGACGAAUCAAUCCCAAUCUCCUGCGAUAAGAAAUCAGAGAGCCUAAAGCGACCAAACAGCAGACAGAAUACUGGUAGCCGGAGCAGUCAGUACUCACUUGACUCCACACCAGCAAGCAAGAGGCUUAAGACGCUGUCAGAAGAGCACAGUGACAGCGUCAGCUCUUCUAGUAACGAAGAGAAUUUCUUGGAACCCAGCUACAUAACAUCUUAUGAAGAAUCGCGAAGUAUCGUCUCAAGCAUAGCUUCUCAUGAGGUCAUGCUUGCAGAAGGUAGCUCCCAAAAUGUAUCAGGCAGCCAAAAUAUCAGUUCAUCACAAUCCUCCAGUAUUACGGAAAACGAAGAGGAAAGCAAACCAGCAGGAGAGAUCGAAAGUUCUGCAAGACGCCAUUCCCAGUUCGAGGAUCCUUGGUCAGCUCGACGACUUCGAUCGUACGUGGCUCAGCUGACGGGACGACAACCAAUGUCCUUGGCCCUAGAGCAGCUAAACAGAUUACGACAUGGAUAUUCUGUCCAGUACUCGAAUCUUGCAUUCUGCUUGGACUUGGCCCAAAACUUAGAAGGCUUCGAUACUCUUUCCGACAGUUUUUACCUACCGAGUCAGGCUGAAGAAGGGCUCAAGGUGGUUGCCGAUUACCUGUUUGUUGUUGACCAAUUCGAAGCUGCCAGUAACAUUUAUUCAGUUCUUCUCGUAGCGGAGGAAUCUGAAACUCAUUCAAGAACCAGGUCACAUACCGAAGUACUGUUGCUAACGCCGCGAGUGGUAGCGGCUUUUCGAUCUGCAAGAACUGUACCGCAAUGCCAAUUGGUACAGGACGUUCUAUUGAAGCGAAUAAAGUCGAAUGAGAAUCGAGAUGUCUCAAUAUCUGAGCUUUUCAUCGUGCAUUCAUUUCUAGCAGACUGUUUUCGGAAGCAAGGGCAGUUUUCGGAUAGAUUGAAUCAUUUGGUACAGUCUUGGACCAUCGCACAUCGACUCAACGAAGAAGGAGAUUCUCGGCUGGCGCCAGAUCAUUCACUUCUAUUAUACCUGUACUACAAGAGCGCCUUCCCAGAGCUACCGUCGUCAAACUUCCUCAACGUUGCCGAUCUCACGGAUAUCCCAUCACGGCCUCAACGUCUGGGAGCUUAUGGUGCGACUUCAAUUGGUUACGAUGAUUUCAUGGCGUUUUGCGCACUGGUAAAGAAUCUUGGUCAAGAGGAAGAAGCAAUUCGUCGAGACAAUGGAGCCGCGGAUCGCCGUAUACUGAGGUGUGUGAGGGAUUGUGUCGUAUGGUGUGGAUCAAUUGAAAGGGGUACCCGCAAGGAAACGUCACUCUCGAAGAGGUUUGAAAACGUCUUGGAUGCCUGGAAAGGAGAUACAACUGUCUCGUCCGAUCAACCAUACGGAGGAACGGUCCCAGAGAUUGAAUUCGGCAUAUCUACUGCUGAGAAUCUGCACGUAUGUGAUCAGAUCUCCUCCUGUAUUGGCGACAUGAAGGGUCUGUCCGCCAUAUCGUACCAGAAACUCGUGGAUCUCCACUUCGAAUUCCUCUUUAAAAGAGUCUCAACCAACUUAGGGCGACAACAUAGUCAAGUCAUAAGCAACAGUUCCUCGCGACUCAGUAUUGCAUCAGCUAUUGCACCUUCGAUCGGCUCUUCCAAUGCGUCUUUCAGAAACUUCAGGGAUGUGUCUCAUUCGAUGAAGAAACGCGUGACUGGUGCGCCUUCGACAAGAUCUCGGGAAUCGUCUAGCAACAUGAGUCAUCUGAGCAAGAUGAGCCACGUGACUGAUCUGUUUGGAGCAAGCAGCAUUCAUGAACAAGAUGAAACAGGGACCGCAAUCUUACACAUAAAGCAAGUAACAUGGUUGGAGCCUAAUGCAGAGGAGUGUCGUGGACUUUGA